CAUGAGCAGCUGGGUAUGAACUCUGCUCGGACUAGGAGUCCAAAGUCAGUAGUUGUAGUCCACGAGCGCCGGAGACAGUCAGUGGGGGUCCCGCCUGCGUGCCUACCGUUCUCUAUCGUCUUGCGGACACCCCUAAAUGAAAACGAAAAUGUCACCUUCGGUGUCCCCUCGCUUUUUUUCCGAAAAGGAGGUAGCCACGCACUGCACCAAGGAAUCGUGCUGGGUGUUGUUAGGGACGCGCGUCUACGAUGUGACCGGGUUCCUUCGGAUGCACCCGGGAGGAGAGGCGCUCAUCCUCCGCCGCUCCGGCCGGGACAUCAGCCGCGAGAUCGAAGGACCCCCACACCGGCACUCGGAGAACGCCCGGAGGUGGAUGGAGCAGUACUACAUCGGCGAACUCGACAGAGACAGCACGGAUGAAGACACGGAGACCCUGAGACAGAGGAAGAAGAUCUCAGAAAGCCCCACAGAAGAAGAUACCUCGGCCAUCAAUAAGUGCAGUAAAGUCGAUGAAGAAACGGAUCUGGUAGACUGGAGGAAGCCACUGGCCUGGCAGGUCGGAAAUCUUGGAGAGAAAUAUGACACGUGGGUCCAUCAGCCUGUGGACAGACCGAUCAGACUGUUCGGGAAUGACUUUUUUGAGGCCAAUACGAAGACUUCAUGGUACAUGGUGCCAAUCGUAUGGAUGCCUUUGGUGAUCUAUCUGAGCUGGUACUGCUACACAUUAUUGGCACAAGAGAGGACAAGACUGUUUAUCACAUCAGACUUCUCCGUUCUGGUCCACAAGUACAGCUUUCCGUUCAUCUUCAUGUUUGGCAUGUUCCUGUGGUCGUUCAUCGAGUACUGCAUCCACCGCUUCGUCUUCCACAUGCGCCCACCCGCCCACAAUUAUUACCUCAUCACGCUGCACUUCCUGUUGCACGGUCAGCACCACAAGUCUCCGUUUGACGGCUCUCGUCUGGUGUUUCCUCCGAGUCUGGCCGCCAUCGUCAUUGGCGCUUUUUACCUGAUACUAAGGCAGACGAUGUCUGAAGGUCUGGGAACCUCCCUGUUUGUGGGGGGUCUGUGUGGAUAUGUGGUCUACGACAUGAUCCACUACUACCUGCACUACGGCUCGCCACGGAAGGGCUCCUACUUGUACGGGCUGAAAGCUUACCACGUCAAACACCACUUUGAACACCAAAGGGCAGGUUUUGGCAUCACCACCACAUUCUGGGACUACCCCUUCAAAACAGUUAUCCCAAAGCAGACGUUUUAGAAGAGCCCUUUUUUUUUUGCCACAGUGACCAAAUCAAAAUCCCCUAAAACAAACUCCCAUAAGCCUCUCCCUUCCGCAUUCUCCCUUUAUCACUGUUAGGUACAGUGUCUUACCCUGCUGCUGCUGCUACCAGCUAUUAGUCUUAGAUUCAUCAUCAUCAUCAUCAUCAUCAUCAUCAUCAUCAUCAAUUAUUUAGAGAAGGGGGAGUGCCUGAAACAAACAGAAUCACAGAAUGUCAAGCUAUAUAAAUAUUUAUAUACUAUGUAUGAAUGUACUGACAAAUCAAAACGUUGGAUGAAAUCUGUAAAUGUUUUUUUUUAGAGGCACAAGAAUAUCAAACUCACCAUGUAAAGUCAAGAGCUGUAUAGACAGGGACCGGUAAGUGUGGGACGGUGCGUGAAGGUGCGAGUGGAAAUGAUUUCUUAGUCGUAGUGUUAAGAAGCUGAAGGCUAGCAGAAAGAGGUCCUUUUUCGGUGGCCAAGUGCGCCAUUGCCUUUAAGGAAAACUCAGGAAAGUGUCAGAUGCUUUAAUUCUUCUCAGUGUUGAUGCUGCAACGGCUUACUGGUCAUCAUCACCAUCAUUGCUUUCUUCCCUACUAACUUAGCUCCGCCCUAAUUGCGACGCUCUGCUCUGGUGAUCUCACUUUUCUUUCUCAUCUCACCCACUCCGAGGUGGUUUUUUUGCCAAUCGACUUACUAAUAUCCCGAAGUAGCUGCUCCUCCAGUAAUAUGUUACAUAUCCAGUGAGAUAUUAAGUUAUUGAGGAUUGACGCUGGCUAUUGGUUCUCCUGUGGAUGAUUCAGCACUUUGAGCUUAUUUUGAGGGCGUGAAGCGGGGUGUCCGGGCGUCUCCUGCCGGUGAGGGUUGCCUGCCGUCCGUAGCUGUCGUAGGGUGGAGGGUCUGUAGGUGUCCUCUGUCGCCGUCGUCGUUAUUAACGUAGAACUAGCCGGCGCAACCCUUCCAUCUGGUGUGAUGAUCUGUUGCAUCUGACCAGGCGUCAGGAGAGCGAGAGCAUCCUCUGCUGAUCCCUCAUCCGUUCAUACGGCAGAUCUGUUCACUUGUAUUGUUUCCUGCUCGUUUUAGCUCGUUUAGAGUCAAUGGUUCAGUGAUGUCGGAAAUAUCCUGUGACCACACUUUAUACAACUAUACAACAUUAUACAGUCAUUUUGAGCAUAAUUAAUGUGUCAGACGAAUAAAUAUGAUAUUUAAGUUAAAAAAAUAAAAAUAAAAAAAAUCCUGAUGUGCCUUAGGGGCAAUGCCUACCUUCCUGCUCCUUUCGAAACCAAUUGGUUGGACGUUUCCGCCAAAGACAUGGAAGGCCACUUUGAAUAUCGCUUUUUCUUCAUACCGUGAUUCUGUUGGCACAACCAAACUAAUAAAAAAAGCAAUGGAUGUUGUAAUGAUUUUUGAUUCCUUUGUAACUGUGACACCAUCACGGACAGCUCCUGUGUCAUAGGAGAACGCUUUCGGUUGAGGCAAGUCAACAGAGCAAUAUGUUUAUCUGUUUACUUGUAAUCACGUCGAGAGAUUUUAAUUCUGAGAAAAAAUUCAGCUAUAGAUGCCUCUAAUAAAUCUGUUUACUACUAUGUAUUUUUAUUUUGGAAUUUAAAAAUUUCUAUGCAAAUGCAAUUGUAUUUGUAAAUAAACUGUAUAUUUCUGAGGA